UGUGUCGUCUUCCGUCUUUGCCUCUUUUUUCCCUCAUUGUUCAAUGGGGUUGUAAACAAAAUUAAUUUAUUUUAUGACUGGAUGGAUUAAACUUUCGCUGCAAAUUUUUGAACAAAAUGUGUGAUCUUCACUCAGAAAUAUCCAAGUUGGAUGUAAAUGAAGCUCUAUUUAAAGAAAUCAAAUUUUUUGUGACUGGAGAAGUAAAUGAAAAGGUUGUAGAACUAUUAAGGAAGGGAGGCGCCGAGAGACUGAAUUAUUUUUCAGAUUACGUUACACAUUUGAUUGUAGGCGAAAAUCCAGAAGAAAAUGAUAUUGUAGAUGCAACUGAUGUAUAUGAAAUACCAAUAGUAACGCCAAAGUGGGUUUUAAUGAGCGCAGCUCUUCAAAAACUCAUCAGUACCAAACCUUAUGUAUAUGUCACUAAUGAGAAGCUCUUUUCCCAGUUAGUGUUUUGCUUUAGUUUGAUUAGAGAGGACCGCAACUACCUUUGGGCUUUAAUAACUUACAAUGGGGGAACAGUUCAAUUGAAUUUCAACAAAGAUUGCAAAUUUCUAGUAACUACUGAAACAAAAGGACCCAAGUAUGAAAGAGCUGAAGAUAUGGGACCAGAUUAUGUUAAAAUUGUUACACCUGAUUGGGUGGUUCAAUCUGUAAAAGAAAACAAUUUAGUAGAUUGUUCUUUAUUUCAUCCAAAGUUAAUUAACUGGCCUAGACCUAUUAAGUAUGAAAGCACUACUGCCAUCACUGGUUUUGAACCAGAGCAGCCUUGUAUUGAAGAGAAAACUGAAGAAAAGGUUGUUUCUGACUCUACUCAAGCCCUUUUGGAGAAAUUGAAACAAAGAAUGCCUUGGAACCAGCCUAAAGUAUCUGUCCCGAUGACUUCUAGCUCAGACCCUAUAGCACCACCAAACGUUGUAGCACCUAGUUUUAUGCAAAAAACUCAACAAAAUCAAGUUCAGAAGAUGCAACCUCCUUCUACGCCAAUAUCUACAACUCAGCAACAACAAGCUACACCUCAAUCUCCUGUUACAAGCAAUUUUCCACAAAUUCCACUAUCACCGACAACUUCUUUAAGCAAUCAAAUACCCAAAAGCAUUAUACAUCACACUCCAAAUCAACAGCAAAGCUUCCAGCAACAACAAUUGUCCCAACAACAGCAGCAGCAGCAACAACAUCCAUUGAAUAUUAACAGAUUGAUUGGGGAGUCUCAACAGAGGCCUAGUAUUCAGUUAAGAGGUGGCCCACUUGCUCAGAGUCAGUUACACCAGCAGUUACUACAGCAGCGACAACAGCAACUUCAACAAAACCAAGGUAAUGUAAUUCAGAGAAGUUCCACGCCACAAUUACCUGUUCCCCAACAGUUACUGCAGCAACAGUUAGCUCAACGCACUUUAGCACAGAGACAGUUACUGCAAAAUCAAUUAAACCAAAAUCAGUUGCUCCAACAACAGCAACUAGGCACUGGCCAACAACAACAACAACAACAACAACAAAUAGUCCAAAAUCAGCAACAAAUAGUAACCUCUCAACAUCUGGGACAAAUAACCCAACAGCAGCUUGCUCAGCUUCAACAACAACAGUUACUUAAACAAAAUAAACAAAUGCAAAUGACUCAGAGUCAACAAAUACAGCUUAAUCAGAAUUUACAACAGUUGCAGUUAAAUCAGAAUGCACAGCAGUUGCAACUAAAUCAGAAUCAACAGCAACUGCAAUUGAAUCAAAACCAACAACAAUUGCAGUUAAAUCCCAAUCAACAGCAGUUACAUCAGAACCAACAGCAGUUACAAUUGAAUCAAACUCAACAGCAAUUACAAUUAAAUCAAACUCCACAACAACUGCAAUUAAAUCAAACUCAGCAACAAUUGCAGUUAAAUCAAAAUCAACAGAUUCAAUUAAAUCAGAAUCAGCAGCAAAUUAAAUUGAAUUCAAACCAACAGCAAAUUCAAUUAAAUUCAAAUCAACAACUUCAAUUGAAUCAAAAUCAACAGCAGAUUCAACUGAGUCAAGCACAGCAAAUUCAACUCAACCAAAACCAACAAGUACCCAUUAGCAGCAGUCAACAACAGCUUCAGUUAAAUCAGAAUCAAAUGCAAUUGAACCAAAAUCAACAACUUCAGCAAACUCAACAACCAGUUCAAAUUACAUCAAAUCUUCAGCAGAUUUCUCUCAAUCAGGGCCAGCAAGUUCAGAGUCAAUUAUUACAGAAUCAAGUCAUACAAUCACAGGGCCAUCAACAAAAUCAAAUUAUUCAGCAGCAAAGCGCACAACAGCUUCAGAUUAAUCAGCAGCAAGGUUUUGUUCAGCAAAAUGUCAAUCAGCAUCUCUUAUCCCAACAAAAUCAGCAGAUUUUGCAACAGAAACAAUUUUUAUUGAAUCAACAUCAAACAGUUACAAGUCAGCAACAGUAUGUAAGUACUUCUUUUAGUCAGAAUCAGGAUUUGAAUCAACAAAAUAUUACACAGCAAACUUUAAAUCAGAAUUUGAACCAACAGCCUAAUAAUAUUAACAUACAAUCUCUAAAUCAGCAGUUAAGUACUCAAAAUUUGGGCCAGCAACUGAAUCAACAGCAAUUGACUCAACAGUUAACACAAACUCCUAUCGGCCAGCAAAUUGGUACUCAGUCUCAGCAAAAUCAACUGGUACAGCAACUUAAUCCACAAGAUCAAUUAGAGCAAAGAUUAACCCAACAAAAUCAACUAAAUCAAUUGACCCAACAUCAGAGUCAACUUGGGCAACAGAAUCCUCUUAAUCAAUUGACCCAGCAACAGAAUCAACUUAGUCAGCAGAACCAGUUGAACCAAACUAAUCAAUUGGCACAACAGACACAAAUCAACCAGCAAAUGACUCAACAAAAUCAACUAGCACUACAGUUGAAUCAACAACUCACUCAAAAUCAAAUGAACCAACAGCAAACUCAGUUGACCCCACAGCAAUUGAACCAAAAUCAAAUCAGUCAACAACAGAUAAAUUCAAAUGCAUUGGCACAAUCUGCAUUGGAUCAAGAAUUGGGACAACUGAAUCAACAGUUGAAUCAGCAAAUUCAACAGCAGCAGCUGAAUCGGCAAACAUUGACCCAGCAACAAUUGGGUCAGCAACAGUUACAAGUUCAGCAAACUCUUGGACAAACUAACUUACAACAGCAACAAAUCAAUCAAAUGAACCAACAGGUGAAUCCAGUGAUUCAGCAAGUCGUGCGCACACAGUUUCAGCAACAGCCUAAUAUGGGCCAGCAAAUUCUGAUCAAUCAAGCUUCUCCACAAAAUCCGAAUGCGCAACGUCCUCAAAUAAGUCAGCAUAUUUGGACUCAGCAGCCCGCUCAGAUUGCGGGUCAGCAGAUCGUUCGGCAUCCAGUAAACGUCAUUCAACAGGGCGCGCCUAGAGUUCAAUGGUCCCCGAAUGCCCAACAAGGUAAUGCAGUACCACAAAGGCAGUUUAUUCAACUAGACGCCAGAACUCACCAAGAACUGCAGAAAAUGCCUCCAGAACAACAAGCGAUAUUUGUUGCGAGAAUUCAAAGACACAGGCAAUUCUUGAAACAAAGAGGAGGCGGUAGUCAUAUUUUAAUCAGAGGCAACGUUCCUCCCGGUCUAACAACCCAACAACAAGUUCAGUGGCUCCAACAGCAAGCCAAACAACAGGGAAUCGUUCUUCCUCCCAACAUUCAACAGCAAAACAUCACGCCGGGCACAUUGACGCAACCCACGCUAGCUCAGAACAUGCAACACGCUCCAGGUUUGAGUCCCAUCAACCAAAAUACCACUCAGUUCACCGAUCAGAAUCAGCAGCAGCAAAUCCAACUGAGGCAGUUCAGAUUGCAGCAGUUGCAGCUGCAGAGAGAGCAGGCGCAAAAGAAUCAUCUGGCCCAACAGCAAGUAGGUGCUAUUCAACAACCGGCUGUUGUUCGACCGCUGGGUCCAACGCCUUUGGCGGAUUCUACCACAAGCUUACCUCACGUUCAAGAUGGAACCAUCCAGAAUCCUUUGGUCGUCAAUGCCAAGACUAAAACCGCUCUGGCGAAUAUGCUGAGCAUAAAAUUACAGAGUGGCGGUUCUUCUGUUGGCGUCCAAAGACCGGAAGCUAUUCAGGAACCAUCCGCCGCUGGAACCUUGAGGUUAAUGACAGCCCAACACAAUGCAGCUUUGAAUCAAAAACCUCAGGAGAUCAUAGCGUUGCAACGAAGACCAAUAAGCGGUCCUAACGGAGAAAUCAUAAAAACACCGGGAACCACUCCACAUCCAGUUACGCCAACUAAUGAGCCCCCAAAAUUGCAGUAUUGUCCCAAACCGUCGCUACCUCUACAACAUAGACCUGGACCUUUUUAUGGACACAAUCCGAAUCUUAAAUUACCACCAGAUCUAUUCCUCCUAGGAUGCGUAUUCGUAGUGGUUGAAUUAGAAGAUUUUCUAGAAGAAAAAAUACCGGGGUGGCAACAAAAAAUUGCAAAACAUGGCGGUGAAGUGGAAAAACAGUACUGCAGCAGAGUCACUCAUGUACUGUGCGAAACACAACGACACGGCGUUGUCAUGCAAGCGCUUAGAGACUGUAAACGAUGCGUCACCAUCAUUUGGCUGAGCGAUGUCAUGCAAAGGAAACAAGUUCUUCCCCCUUGGACAGCUCUGCAUCUUCCAAAUAUCUAUCUGGACACUACGCCGGCCGCCAAACAUCUCAUAUCGAUUAGUGGAUUUGAGGGGAACGAUCGUGCUAGGGUAAAACAGAUGGUUAAAUAUACAGGGGCGAAGUGUACAACCUAUUUUUCAAAACACAACACCCUCCUUAUAUCAGCCAAAGCGGACGGCAAGAAAUGCUCGUACGCCAAAAAAUGGCAAAUACCCGUAGUCAGCGUUCAAUGGUUGACAGAUGUCAUGCUGGGACACUUUGCGGCUUUGAAUCAAUUGGAGCACCAGGUGUACCAACAAUUUCCCAAUCCGCCGAAUUUCAGCUUCGAUCCUAAACUCGUUCCAAAUUUAAUGGUGGCUUGGAAAGCUCCGAUCAAUAUUUCUCAAGAAUCGUACGAAAGAGUUAAAAGAAGCGCUUCGCCUACUAUAUCGCCUAAGAAACCAAAGAAGUUAAAAGUCGAACCGACAGACGAAAAUGACAAUAUAAGUGAUCAGCCGAUGUUGGAUUAUUCUUAUAGAAUUUUAUUCUCCUUCAUAGUCGACGUCAAAGAAAUGAAACAGAAGGUCAAAGAACUAGGUGGAUGUUUAGCCAAAGACCAUCAGGACUUCACGCACCUGGUGAUGCCUCAACUAGCUCGUACCAACAAGCUCUUUUUCGCUAUAGCCAAAGAGGUUCACUUGGUAUCCGAUCAAUGGCUCAAAGAUUCCCAUGAAGCCAACCAAUUCCUACCAGAAAACAAAUACACUUUGCAUCCCAAAGACUUCAACUUCGAAUACAAAUGUGACAUCGAGCAAACGUUGCAAACCCGAAACAGGAGCAAACUGUUCGAAGGAAAAUUCUUCUUUGUCACUCCCAGCGUCUUCCCCAGCAAAAGAAUCAUCGUUGAGCUGAUCCAAUGUUGCGGCGGGACGGUGGAGAAGCAUCGCAGGAGUUCUUCCCAAAUCGAAGCCGCCACCAUUAACAAUCCUUACAGUUAUUUCGUGAUUACUCACGAAGAUGAUUUGCACCUCGUAGCUGAUUUACUGAAGAACAAAAAAGAUAAGAUGAGGAUCGUUUGUAAUGCCGAGUUGGUUUUUAGCGCUGUAUUGAAGCAAACCUUUGAAGUAGAGCCGUAUGCUGUUAGUGUGUUAUGAUUCUCUGAUAAAACGGAGGAGUCGGUUCAGGAUGAGACUGAGGAUGAAUGAGAAGCGGGCUUGGAUUUUUGUUUAACAGGGUGAUUUGUGUUUACAUACUGAUAAGCUGGUGUGGAUUUAAUUUAUACAUGGAUUCCGUAAAACCAGUCUAGGUAGAUUUUUUAUGCCACACGUUGGGCGCCAUUUAUAAAAGGAAAAAGUUUAGUGUGGAAAAUAUUUACGAUUUUACAAAAAGAGAAUAAAAAUGUAAAAGGUCUUCAUAAAACAAAUUCUAAUGCAGUAUGACAUUUUGAACAUUCAAUGAAUUGCAUUUUUAUGCCUACACACUUAGUAUUGUUACCUAUCAUUUUAGUAACAAAAUUGUUUAUUAUAAAACCAUUGUGAAUGAAUGAAUAAGGCAACCAUAGUUAUUUUUUAAUUAUGGGGCAUUUUUUAAGAAGUAUAUUUUAUUUGUUUAGGAUGAUUUUUAUUUUAAUAAAACAAUAUACAUUAUGAACUAAUUCGGAGCUGUUAUUAUGUUUUUUUUUUAAUCAAAAUGUUUGACUCCAAGUAACAAUGAAAACCUGAACAAAAAAUAACUUUUAUAUUAGGAUGGUUUGAAAAUUACAAUCCUACAUCAAAUUUGUAUUUUCAUAGUUUUAAUUCGAAUUGAAAAGGUUAGAAAAACUAAACAUGACCGAAUUUAAAAGGUAAUAAAUAAAAUGGUUGAAUUUUUGACUUUUUCGAAUUGUCUAUAAUCUUUAUAAAUGUCUUGAAGUUAAUUAUUAAAACUUGUAUGUAUAUCUGUCUAAAAAUAAUCGCUGCCACAAUAGAUGUAUUUGGGAAGGUCCCCUAGAUACCCUUACCUAUUAUACUAGUUUUUGAACCUCUUUAAUGGUAAUUAUAAAAUUUAUAUAAUAUAGUAGGUAAUAUAAAGAUAAAAAUAUUUUUACCACAAAUUCAUUUCGUUUUAUCAUUAUAAGUGUAUUUAAAAAUUAUUAAUUUUAUUGUUAAUUCUGUUUACAUUACUUAGGGAAACUUUUUUUUUUUGUGAUAUACAAAAUAAAAUUACUGAAAAUUU